GCCUGGUCAGCGCCCCGUGAUGUCACGGGCUGUGUGGCAUGGCUAUGUGUGAGUCGGGCUCGCCGGGUAUCGUGCAUUAGGACUGGGAGAGGCCGAGCAGUCAUCCCGGGUCACACUGUGAGCAGCAUGGCAGCUACCAACAGACUUGUCCUGGGACCUCUGGUGGGGGCCAUUGAUCAGGGCACUGGAUCAACCCGCUUUUUGGUGUUCAAUGCAAAAACAGCUGAACUACUAAGUCAUCAUCAAGUGGAAAUAAAACAGAAGUUUCCAAGAGAAGGGUGGGUGGAGCAAGAUCCAAAGGAGAUUUUACAGUCUGUUUAUGAAUGUGUAGAAAAAACCUGUGAGCAGUUAACCCAGCUGAGCAUAGAUAUCACUAAUAUCAAAGCUAUUGGAGUAAGUAACCAGAGAGAGACAACAGUUGUGUGGGAUAAGACCACUGGAGAACCUUUAUAUAAUGCAAUAGUUUGGCUUGACUUAAGAACCCAGUCAACUGUUGAACGGCUACUGAAAAAAAUUCCAGGAAAAAACAAGAAUGUCUUUAAGGGGCGAACUGGUCUGCCAUUGAGUACUUAUUUUAGUGCAGUGAAGCUACGAUGGCUGCUGGACAAUGUAGAAGAAAUCAGGCAUGCAGUGGCAGAAGGCAGAGCCAUGUUUGGUACCGUGGAUUCCUGGAUCAUUUGGAGCUUGACUGGAGGGAAGAAUGGGGGUGUACACUGUACCGAUGUGACCAAUGCCAGCAGAACCAUGCUGUUCAACAUCAAUACCCUGGAAUGGGAUGUAGAGCUCUGCCAGUUUUUUGACAUACCCAUGAGCUUGCUGCCUAAAGUAAGAAGUUCUUCUGAAAUCUACGGACUUAUGAAAAUCUGUCCUAGCCUGAAGUCUGGAGCACUGACCGGAGUUCCGAUAUCAGGGUGUUUGGGGGAUCAGUCAGCUGCAUUAGUUGGACAAAUGUGUUUCAAAGAUGGACAAGCAAAAAAUACGUACGGUACAGGUUGUUUCUUACUGUGCAAUACUGGCCCUAAGCCCGUUGUAUCAGACCAUGGGCUGUUGACCACAGUGGCUUACCAGCUUGGAAGAGAUAAGCCUGCCUGCUAUGCACUUGAGGGGUCAGUUGCAAUAGCUGGAGCAGUUGUGCGCUGGUUACGAGAUAACCUUGGCAUCGUUAAAACAACUGAAGAAGUAGAAAAACUUGCUGCUGAAGCCGGAACAUCAUAUGGCUGCUAUUUUGUUCCCGCAUUUUCAGGCCUAUAUGCACCAUAUUGGGAGCCAAGUGCCAGGGGAAUCAUCUGUGGUCUGACACAGUUUACAAAUAAGAAUCACAUAGCAUUUGCUGCUCUUGAAGCUGUCUGUUUCCAGACCAGAGAGAUUUUAGAUGCAAUGAACAAAGACUGUGGAAUUCCUCUGAGCCAGCUGCAAGUUGAUGGGGGCAUGACUAACAAUAAGAUCCUCAUGCAGUUACAGGCUGAUAUCCUGUGCAUCCCAGUGGUGAAGCCUUCGAUGCCUGAAACAACUGCAUUAGGAGCAGCCAUGGCUGCUGGGGCAGCAGAAGGAGUGGGUGUCUGGAGUCUCAGACCUGGAGACUUGACAGCAGUGACUUGUGAACGAUUUGAACCACAGAUUAAUCCUGAAGAAAGUGAAUUCCGAUAUGCUCGCUGGAAAAAAGCAGUGAUGAAAUCAAUGGGUUGGGAAAGUUCGGAGGCUUCAACCAAUGGAAAUGGUGACUCUAGUAUCUUCUCUAGUCUGCCUCUGGGCUUUUAUAUAGUGAGUAGCAUGGUAAUGUUAAUCGGAGCAAAGUACAUCACAGGACUUGAAAAAUGAAAUAAUUUCUGCACAGUUUCUCUGGUAAUCUUGGAUUCCUCAGUUGCCAACAAGACCAUUUUAGUUAGAAAAAAAUACUUGCUAAUUAUAUAUGAAGUUUUCACGCACAAUUUUUUUUUUUUUAUCUAGUCCACCUUCUGCUACUGUUGUUUUUGCUUUUAGCAGCAUACCUCACCUAAAGCCAAUUCACUACUGUACAUGAGGUAAUCUGCUGAAGACGGUUAAACAUUACAAAUAAUAAUAUUGAUGAUGAAGGAAAUUCUGACCUCAUUGGUCACUUAGAGGGGACUUGGGGGCCUAUUUGCACUUGGAGAUUCUAAUCAUUUGAAGUAUUAAUAUGACGCAAAGCUGAUACGGAAUCGUGUAGAGAUAUUUUUGAUGAAACUAUCAUUUUUGGAACUUAAGUUUAACAAACGUGUAUCUGGCGCAGACAAUUCUAUUCGCUUCAACUUGAUGUUUUCUUUGAAAACAUAUGUGCCUUUUACUUUCCAAAGGUUGUUUAUAUGAACGAUUCUUUUCCUAUUUUAUUGUCCUGUAGCUAAUAAUCUGGGUAAAGAUCCAUAAUGAAUUACUGGUACCAUGUAUCACUAAGGGGGAAUACAAUUCUUAUACAGGCCAAUCAUUGUUUGAGGGAAUAUGUAAAGAAAUAGUUUAACAACGUAGAACAUUUAAUAUUUAGAAUUUUCUUUUAUUUAAAUUUUUUCCUUUGUAUGUGGAAAGUUUGAAAUUGAGUAAUUUGGUGUAAAGUAGUUAUUUCAAACCUGUAUCUUAUGUCUGAAAUGUUCUGUACAUAAUAUACUCUCUUUGGACACAUGGGACUUGCCACCAUCAGUCUUAGACUCUGUACACGCUGUCACAGUGUUCUUCUUCUACAGCAGGGUUUUGGUGUUUUUGAUGGAAAGAAUAGUAUAAUCUGCAGAGCCAGAAACCUGAUGGAUCGUAACUUAUAUCUUUGGGAUUCAUUACGUUUCGUAUCAUCCAUUUGAAAACCGAUCCGGCUUACUAGUCAUGGCUAUAUUUAUGAUAUAUGCUAUGUGGGUACUGUGCAAAUCCAGUUGAAUCACUGCCAUUUUUAGACUUCAUAAAGAAAACCAAUAGAGGGACGCUAUCCUGGUAAUGUUUAUUUUCAUUUCAAGGCUUUACUACAGUAAGUUAGUGACCAUGGUGUAACUUUGUCGCUUAGGCAAUAAAAAGUAGAACUCAUCUAAUUCAGGCUGUCUCCAGCCAGUAAGCCAUAAAAUGUAGAAAUCUGCAACUAUGUAAAACAAUGAAAUGCUUUUGAUAUGUCAUUGACUUUGGAACUAUUGAAAUAAAUGUAAUAUCUUGGAUGUCCCUUAGAAAUGUAUAGAAAUGUGAAGUCACAUUUUAUGGAAUUCUAAUUGAUGUUUUCUACACUAAAUAUUGACAUGGUUUUGUUCCAGUUUCCCUUAUGUUAAACUGCAUUUACAGGAAUGUAGAAAAAAUCAACAGUUGUCUCUGUAUUUCCUAAAAAUGGCUGUGGGCUAAACUAUGCAUUGUAUAUUGUACACAUCAGAUUUUAAAUACUAAAAAGAUCCUGUUGACAACAAUGUCCUUUCCUUUCUGCCCAGAAAGAAACUGCUGCUUAUUAUGUAUUGUAAUCUGAUGCCAAUAAAUGCUGUUUUAGG